AUGACCAGAUACUACGCGGUUGUAGCUGGACACUGCGUGGGGGUCUACACUGAUCUGGACGAUGCGUUGGCUAUGACAAGGGGAUACUCGCACGCGAAGCUCAAAAGGUUCUCGACGCUUGGCGGCGCUCGGGAGUUCCUCAACUCGCACGGACUGGAAAUCGACUACACCCAUAACCCCCGACACGCGAUACGCAACGGCCAGCCGGACUGUCAUGCGGCGUACGCCUGCAUUUUCCCGCACUGCCAAGGCGCGGAGGUCGUGGGGACCGUGCCUCAACCGUGGGCGACUAGCAACCGAGCUGAGUAUCUGGCAGCUUGGAUAGCCUUGGUCGGUGCUAAUAUGGUGGAUGCCGACGGCACUAAAGUACUCUACAUUUACACGGACAGCAUGAUGCUCAUCAACUCGAUGACGACGUGGAUCUAG